GACAAGGAAAGGACGGCAAUCCUAAUCCAGAUCGGACUCUCGAAAUCUCUAUAUAAUCGGAGUCUUCCGCUGCCACUUUCCUCAUUCUAAUCAUGGCUUCUUCUUGCCGGAUUUUCGUAGGGAAUAUACCUUACAACGCGACCGAGGGGCAGGUCAAGGCUCUCUGCGAGGAGGUCGGCCCUGUUGUCUCUUUUCGAAUCGUUACCGACAAAGACACCGGGAAGCCCAUGGGUUUCGGGUUCUGCGAGUACAGGGACGAAUCCACGGCGUUUAGUGCCCUGCGCAAUCUUCAGGACUGCGAACUCAAUGGCCGCCGUUUGAAGGUCAAUUUCGCUGCUAAUGAGAAAUCCAAUCAUCACCCCAUUGGUCUGCAGGCGGCUGUUGAUGCGGCUGCCACGAUGGGGUUGGCUAGUGAUGCUUUGACUGUGUAUCUCUCCAAAAUGUCGAGGAAUCAGUUGGCCCAGAUGGUCUCAGAGAUGAAGGGAAUUGCGGUAGGGAACAAGGAGAUGGCUCAGGAGUUGUUGCUUGCGAAGCCACAACUGAACAGGGCUCUGCUUCAAGCACAGAUCAUGCUUGGAAUGGUCACACCUCAAAUGAUGGAGAAGGCUAAUAUGAGGCCGCUUCCUAAUGUCCAUCCCCAGCAGCAGCUGCUGGUUCCGAAACCGGAGCCAGUGCAGGUUUUGGAGCCUCAGAAUAUGGUCGCCCCACAAAUGAUGCAAAAGGGGCCAAUGCCGAAAUCAGAACAGGUGCAAAUCUCUGAGCCUCAGACUCUUCCAGCGGGAGUGGACGCUGCUAUGUUGCAACAAGUUGUGAGCCUACCUCCUGAAACGGUGGCUUCAUUGGCACCGGAACUGCGGCAACAAGUGAUUCAGAUCCAACAGAUGUAUAGGCAAGGUCAGAUGAUGCUUUGAGCAUUAUCAGCAACUUGGUUAGAAACUUAGAAUAGGAUAAGCUUUUAGUUUAUCUUCUGUCACAGACUCAGUGUAAAACACUUCAAUCUCCCUGUGUUGUUUGUGAGAAAUACAGCUUCUUUCAAUUUCAUUCUCCCUGUGUUGUUUGAAUUUCUUGCUCUUCAUAAUGCUUGCUUUUCAUCCCCAUUG